UUUUAUCUCCGCUCCUCAAGCAGAUAGCAAAACGAGGCGAACGAAGAGAUCUUUCCGUUUACAGCAUAAGCAAGAACGCAAAGAAGCGCAAUUUCGUAUCUAUAAGAAAAGUCGUUAAGAAUAACAAACCAAGAUCCGUCAUUCUACCGUGAUUUUUUUAUUUUCGAUCUGGGACUUUUCAGAUCAAUUUUUCCACCCAAAACGCCUUACCAGGUCGAGUGCCUGCACUUUACAGCCGAAUUUAACGAACGUCGAUCCUUUGCCAUUGCUAUAAAAGUUUUUUGAUCAUUCUGAAAAAAAGAAGUGACCUUUCUGAUGCGACGGGCUUGAUCCGCGCUCAAAAAAACUCAUUCUCACAACAACAUUUUUUAGGGUCAAAUUUGCUCCUGCAUCUUUUUUUUUUUGAACCUGGGUAGUAAGUCUCUUUCUUUACUCCUGUCAUUCUUGAGUUCUUGUUCUAUUUUUUCCAAGAAAAAUCAAAAAACUGUCAACUUAAACGACAAUGGCGGGCGAAAUUAAAUUCGAAGGGUACGAGGGGGAGCUCCUCGACUUGAACGGGUCGUAUAUGCGGGCCCCGGGCGUGAACCAUGGGAAGCCGACCUUCAAGAAGAUCGACUCGGGCAACCAGAGCGUGAUGAUUUACUACUGGGAUGAACGUGAUGGCGUGCAGCUGCGCGGUUGGUGGGUGGCCCCGGAAGUCGGUGGCAGCAACGUGUGGGCCAUGUCCACGGCCACAUCCAACAUGCCUCCGCAUUCCGGCUGGCGUGUUCCCUGGCACGGAGAUGUCAACAAGAAGGUACGCAGUGUUUCAUUCUUGAAUAGAAGUAUUAGUCCUCGCGGUUGCUUGCGACUUGCUCGCCACCAUUGGUCGUAUCUACGUGAAUCAUUGUCACGACCUUGUGCAUUGAUAAUGUACCUAUACUAGGUUUCGUUCUUGAUUCGAUUUCGAUCCAUGCUUUUCCUUAUCACCCCAGGUGACUCUGUCCAAGUGCACUGGCGCGGAGAAGCGACCCGGUGAGGCCGUUGGUGGUGCCGCAACCAAGAUGCAGAAGACCACCCCAGCAUACCAGAACCCGAACAACCCCAACAUGGCGCCCCUCGGCGGUGCCCAGGCUCAGCAGCAGCAGCAGCAGUGCGGCGGUGCACAGCCCCCGAUGGGAUCGCCACCUGCCCAGGGCGGUGCGUGGAACGCGCCAGGCGGUUACACGAAUGCACAGUAAAGAAAUAUAUGUUUUUUUGUUGUAUAUUCAUCUGCAUCUUUCACGACCUGCUUGUCUCGUUUUACCAGAUACAAAUUUACCUUCUUCGGAAGUAAAGUACUAAAUAGUACUACAUCAUGUAGUGAUGCCACUUGACUACAACAACUCUACAGGCAAACCCAAGGUGUGGGAGCCGGGUUUCAGGCACAGGCUGGUCAGGCGGGACCCACGAAGCUGGCGCAGACGCGUAUUGUGAACCCGAGCAACUCCGCUCCUGGAAGCAUCGACCAGAUGGAAGCUCAGCGACAAAUGAACGAGGCGAAGCGCUUGGAGCAAGAGGAGAAGCGAAAGCAGGUUAUGGAACAGACGCGUCAGGAACGCAAACUGUCUGAGUCCGUGAACGGGUCGGUGCUGGCCGCCAGCAACGCGGAACGGUCCUUCAUUCGGGUCAAGGACUCGCAGGCCGCCGGGCAGUUGUUUGCGAUGGACGUGAUGAAGCCCGCGGACCUGGCUCGGUUCUCUGCGGAAAUCGAAAAGGGGUUGAAAGCCGCCCAGGCGUCCUUGGGAUCCGCUAUGACGCUGCACACACGCAAAAUCCAGGAGCUGGAACAGAGCGCGCUGGUAUGAAUGGAUGGAAAUGCAAUUAUUUUGGAUUCGGUGUAAUGAACGAAAAUUGACUAUUUUCACGCUAUGCCUAUGCAUUUCGAGUUCCAUGAUCGUCUUCUGUUGAUUUUGGACCUGCAGAGAAAUUGGAAAUUGCAUCCAUAUUGUAAGUACUAGUACCUCCUUACACUUGAACUUGAUCAAGUAUCUGAAACAUCAUCAAUUUUUCAGAUGAAUUCGAAAACCGUGGAUUCCUUGCGGCAGCAACUUGGGGAGGCCCGGGACAAGCUUGACUCCGCGUUGAAGGAGACCCAGGAAUUCAGCGACAAGGUGUCCCAGCGCCAGCGCGACUUGUGGUCCAAGAUGGUGGGCGACCUGGUCGAGAAGUCGUUGGACGACCUGGGCGAGGCGGAGAACGGCGUGGAGCACCUGAAAGACCAGUCCGCGUUGCUCUCCUCGGAGAUCGCCGAGCACUUGUCCCCGCAGGAGGCCAUCGAGGCCGCGGACGUGUCGCACGAGGCGGCCGUCAAGGCGGAGGAGAAAAUCACCGAGGGGCGGGAUUCCAUGCACCGUCGCCGGACCGAGGUGAUGACCGCGAUCAACUUCUUCCGUCAGUCCAACGCCGUCAUGGGCGUUUCCGACGAAAAGCAGGCCGAUCCUUUGAACCUCGCGGACAAGAAGAAACGCAUUGAGGAGUGCUUGGCGAAGUUCCCAACCUUGCUGGCGGAAGUGCAAAAGAUCCGCAACCUCGCGGUUCACAUUGGAAACCGGGCGCGUCAGGCCGAGGCUUUGCGGUAAAGAUAUUGAGCUUUUUUUGAGCAAGUAGUUCAUGUUCCUGAUUGACUUACUUACGCAUGAGUACUUCUCCAUGGGUACUAACUUGUACUUCAUAAGAGAAAUGAAACCUUUUCCGAACCACCUAAUACAGGAAAAAGCAAGAGCAGAAGGAGGCGCAGAAGCGUCGCCAGGAGCGUCGUGCCAAGUGGAACAAGCAGUUGAUCCAGGAUUUGGGUUCUGAGGUGACUCUGUGCGUGGACGUGUUGCAGCGCACCGAGGAACUCCGCCAGAAGGGCGCGGAGAAGGAGCGCAUUAAGGAGGAAUUCGACACCCUGAAGUCGCACUUGGAGCGCGCGCAGCGCACCUUCGAGGACUUCAAGCAGAAGCGCGACACCAUUCAGCAGACGUCCGCGGAGAUCGAUCGCUGGGGGCAGCGCAUCGAAGAAUUGGAAGGGAUCUUGAAGAAAGAAAUGGGAACCGCCCUGGCGCGCCCCGAAGCCGCCGCGGAGAUCCCGGGGAACUUGUGUGUUGCCGGUAUUCUGAUGAAAUACAUGGAGGCGGAGGGAAAAUCCGGGGACGAGCUGUGGAAAGAAGUCGUCAACAUUAAGGGCGGAGGCAAAGAGGAGAAGCCAAAUACGGUAAGAUACUUCUUGUCAAUGUAAGAACGUCAUCUUGCUUUUGCAGUGUACUCAGCUUGGCAUUUGGUUUUUUUCGAUCUCGAUGGUUAUAUAUCUGGUCCUCCACGACCUAGCAAGAAUCACGCCAAACAAAAUGGCACAAAUCAAAUUAUCAGGUCUCCUGGUACAAGCUCCUCGAGUGGACGAAGCGUCGCGCGGAUUACUUCGGGGAGAACAAUCUGGAUAAGCACCUGGGCGUGGAGCUCCCCCCGGCCACCGACCCGAACGCGGGCACGGCGAAGGUGUCCAUUAUGCAAUCUCACUUGAAGGAGGCCUUCGAGGAGAUGGACCUCCCCCUGGGUCCGGUCGGUUCGGCGAAUCGCAGCGGCCAGAUUUCCGAACUGAUGUUCACCACCGCGUACCGAAAGUUUUUUAUGUACCGCCAUCCGUCCUCCUCGGCAGGCGCCGCGUCGUCCAACGAACCCUCGGGUUUGUUGUCCGACCUGUGUCUGACUGCCGAGGCGAGUGACCUCGACGACCCCCAGAAGUGGCCCACGUUGGAGGAUCGCACCAUCGUGGAGAUGUACGGACCCCUGGAGUACGCCACCCCCGGCGAUAAGUCCCGCGUCCGCAUGGCGGUACAAAUCAAUACCUUGGAGGAAGAUAUUAUCUGCUGAAGAAGAAAAGUUUUGUGUCCGGCAUUGAUCUCUACUUAGCAUAAAAGUUGUUCUCCGUAUGUGAAAUGGAUGUUGUUUUUGCCGUUUAGAUAGAAGAAGUACUAUGGUGCCAGAGUUUGUCAUCCCGAAAAAUUUUUAGAAAACGAUUGUUCGGCACUCGCACAAACAACACAGGUGAAGUUAGUUGAUGCCAAUGGGGCCGAGCAGAUUGGUCAUGUGACGUACUUCACAAACGGGCGGUGCCAGCUGCAGGAAGUGACCACCCUCCAGUGCGUUUCCGAAACGGUUAUCACCACCGGUGCCGAACUCAAGGCCAUUAAGACCGUGCGACGGGCAAGAAAGGACGAAUUUUUCCGAAUGCUGGAUUUGAGCCCGGUCAACUGCAGACCAAUGGUACUUAGCUUACUUGGUUACUAGGGACUGCAUCGCGGCUAUGCAUGAUGGUUUGCGUUUGUUAAACCAAAACUUCUGUUGGCGUACGUGACAGAGGCAGAGUUUCCAUAUGAUCGAUAGAUUCACUUCUCACAAAAAUCAACUUCUUAGGUCCGAGUAUACGUGCAAGCGCUCUCCGACGGCAAGGCCGGUUUCGUGACCGUUUCCAACGCAGCCAACACGUUUUUGAAGCCUGCCGAAGUUCCAAAGGCACCGUCCGAGGAGGAGGUCGCCCGGACCGUGCCAGUACUUGGUGCGGUUCGCGUCUCCAUGUACGAGGCGGUGCUCGUGCUCGACGACAAGGACUGGCGAAGUGCGUUCUUGGUCCAGGACCUCGGUAUGGAGGAUGGUGUCACGGAGAGCACCACGAAGAUGAAGGUCGCCUGGGAGUCGGACGAAACGUUGGCCACGGUCGAUUUGGAUAACGUCCGGUGCAGCUACGACCAGAAGAAAAAGGUGGUGCUUUCCUCCAUCACGAAGGAAUACCUCCAGAAGGUCGCCACCAGCCACGUGAAGGAGAUCCUCGAGUCGUGUGACGUGCCGGAGCUCCCGCCAGAGGGCCUGGGUGACGAGGAAACCAUUGCGUUGGCGAACGAGACUUUGGAGUUGGGCCUGGAGUGCCAGAAAACGUUGAACAACGUGAAGAGCUAUCAAAUGCAAAUAUGUCUGGGUCUGGAAGAUUCCGAGCACGAUUUGUCAUGCAGUUUUUCCAGGCUCCGCCAGCUCUGGAAUGCAGGCCCUAGCAUCACAGGUUCUGAUGCCCCUUGGUAAUGCCUGUUCUGCAUGAGAAAUUCCCUCUCAGCAUGGCAAGAAAGGGGCAACUUUUAUUGCAAGUCACGCAACACAGAUUCUUGUAUGAUUCGGAACACGCAUCACAAGUUCGCAUCCUUCCAGACCCAGACAUAUUUGCAAUCCAUAAGAGCUACCUGCAGAAGCGCGAGAUCCGGUUUCUGGUGCUGGGCGACCCAAGCGUGUUCCGGGAACACCAGGAGGAGUUCAACAGAAUGCAGAACGACCUGAACAACGUGCGACUCAAGGCGAAGGAUAUGCUCGACAACGCACAGGAGGCGUUGGAAAAGCAGCUCAAAGAAAAGGAAAAGAAGGUAGCAGCCUAAAGUUGCUUAUUCAGAUCAUCUUCUUCAAAGAGAUCUUCUGUCGGAUAAGACAGAUCAAUGCACCUCUUCAUCUGUGCCGAUCAGGACCACAGCGCGUCGUGUGAUCUUCGACAAGAAUGCAUGCGAUGAUGAAAGUUGAAGAAGUGAAGGUCUCGAACAAGAAGAAGUCGGUCUACCACGCCUUAAAAGACCCCGCGGCCCCCGUCGUUUCGUUUUUCCCCGCUUUUUUUACCUUUUUUUUUCCUUUGGUUAACCAUAAGUCAAUGUCAAGAGACUCGCAGAAGUCGAACUAUACUUUGAAUUUUACUUCACUUUUUUCUCCAACCAUCGGAGUGAAGAGAAAAAGAUGUUUGUUGUAGUAGUCUAGUCAGUGCAGAUGACCACGACAAGAGAUGACUGAUAAAUGUGACAGAUCACUCAAGAAGUUUAUUUGAAAAUCUACGCUGUAUACACCGGAAAAUAAAUCGUCUUCCCCCGAAUUCGAAGUGCCAUUUGAGGGGGAAGGAGCGAUAAGUGGAUGGAAAAAUUGAGCAGGUGCAAGGGACAGCACUCUGGAAACUUUUUGAUUACGGGAGCAAUCGAAUCCACUUGUACACCACUUUGAUGUUUGUUUGAGAAUAUAUCCUACCACAGUAAAAACGAAAGGACAACAACAUCUCAGCUUCCGAGAGCCGGUGCCGACGACCCUAGGAAGCACGGUUUUCGCAAUUGAGAAGGCAACUUGUGUGAAAUGUUCCAUGAGGGUCGUUCCUUUUUACCGUGGGCAGUGAUACCAUUCUUGAUCAGGCAGACAGAAAGUGGGGUUCGCUGUGAAGUGGAGGAGAUCACCCGAUUCAGAAAAGCUUUCAGAGUGUUGCGUCGUGCAGGUCGUGCAAAGUAGAUCAGAGGACCGUGGAAUGGAUCAGACAAAUUUGAAUAGUCACAUCAGUUGUAGUCUCUCGGUCAAUGUCUGCGCUGACAAGAAGGUGAAAAAUCCACUCUACUACUUGGUCGAAGUUGAAGAAGUUCGCGAAUAUUGGCUGUCCUUUGUUCAGUAUCUGUUCUGGUCGUAGUUUUUUCCGCUUGUUUGUUCAUGUACUAUAACGGCGGCCGCGGUGAGAUUAGGAAGAUAAAGAUUUUGUGAGUGUGUUGCUUUAAUGCGGUGCUGAAGUAAAGACCGCCACCGGCGCGAAGAAAAUUUCACUCGCCAACAAAUCUACUAUAGAUCUACGAGGAGCAGUUGCAGCGAGCCCGCGAGGAAGAGGCCGGCAUUAUGUCCGAGCUGAACACCCUGAUUGACCAGGCAAAAGUCUUCUCAAAACAACUCGGCCAGAAUCUGGACAAGGCCGAAGAACCGGCGGAGCAGCAGGUGUCAGAGGAUCCGGCAGAUGUGAAAGAUAUGGACGCCAUCAUCGGAGACAUCCAACACUCAUUAGACGAAACCAACAAGAGAAUAAAGGCGUGCCAGGACUUCGUCCUCGAGAAGGGGACUACACACCCUCCUUUGAAGCCCAAAUUGAACGUAUAUAUGUUAUGGAUUUUUCGAGUACAACUCGAAAGUGUGAUUUUUUCGCUUUUUUCUUGCAAAUCCGGUCCUUGGCGCCGAUUGUUAGGAGUUGGAUUCACAACUUCCACCAUUGAAUGUCAGGGAAUUAUCUUGCAAACACAUCAUACGUACCAGGCUGUCGCCUCCGAGCUCCCCAGCCUGACCGUCUUUGACGAAGUUUCUGCCGAAGAGCGACUGGACCGAACCAAGAAGGCGGCGCUGUCCACGCUUUUUGAAAAGUACCAGAGCACCAUCGCGGAGUACCUGGUUUCCCAGAAACAGACCGCGAAGAAACUGUUCGAGGAGCUCACAAAAACGCAGGAUUCCCCCAUGGACGGCAAGCCAGUCCUGCUGGAGCCAAGCACCCUGAAGGGCAAGUGGGCCACCAGUUUUGACCUGGAGCCGAUGACGUUAGAGCAGUUUGAACUCUUCUGUGGCUGCUACUACGUUCUGACAACCCCAGUAACCAUGACCAGUGCGCAGACAAUCACCGGCGGUGCUAUCGUGCGAAAGCUGGCGGCAUUGACAAUAGUAGAAACUCUUUUUUCUGUCUCUGUGGGUUCUGAUGCAAAAAAGUAAGUCUCUGCGUAUUUUGAUGAUAAUAGCGUGGUUCGUAUGAAGAAAACAUUUUUUUUGGUUUCUUGAUCUCUGCGGAGAUGUGAGAGUGGUGGGGCCACCUUGUCUCGACAGGAAACCCACCAAAGACCAAUGCCAGGUAAUCUGAGAACCACAUUUUUUGCAAACAAACCGUAUGUACUAGUUCCGAAAAAAUUGUGUCGCUCCGUGCUGGUGACCAUGACGGAAACAUGUCAUAUGAAAAGAACCCAACAUCGAUCCCAGGUCCAGAUGUCCGGCGACAGCAUUAUUGACAACGAAACUAUGAACUCGAGAAGAAAGGCUAAAGUGGUCUCUCGGUUAGCCGCACCCCUGGAAGAGGACGACGAGGCGUCCACUUCCGACGAAGCGACUGACGGCUGGGUCACGAUCUACGAUAGGUCAAACAACUGCAGCAAUGUGAAACCCUUCGCGAUUCCGGGAAUUACUUCGCCCGUCACGGUGGUGAAGGACACCGUGCUUACCGCGCAGUCUGAGAUCGCGCAGGCCGAGGACAAGAAAUUCACGGUGUUGCGACGAAUCAAGGCUGGCGAAAAGGUCGCCAUCACGGGGCUGCCAAAUUUGGUGGACGGCACCAACAUGGUCCGAGCACCCAUCUGCUGUGCCUCGGAUUCGAAGCGGGGUUGGAUGACCGUGUUCGAUCCUACGUGGAAAAACUGCUAUUUGGAACUCAUCUAAGGAAUUUGCAAUGAUUGAAACAAAUUUUCGUGAGAAAAAGAAAACAAAAGCGACCAGUAUUUAUUUAACACUGCUUCUGUCUGCGAGAUCCAUUUUCCCCUGUGAACCUCGAUGCAGAAGCAGAAAUGAACUUUUUUUCACGAUGAAAAUCGAGCAAGUGUUUUUAGAACAUUUACCUCGCAUCAAAAGCCAUUUAUUUCAGCGCCAUUUCACGGACUUUUCAGCAUCUGCAAGCUGUUGUUUUCAAGUAUAGCAAUAGCUGCGGAGAAAAGGUGAGUACUCACUAGGUUUUAAGGAACAAACAAACGCUUACGUCGUCACGAUCAAAGAUUAAGAUUACAGCAUACCUUCUUGGGAACAAGUAGUCGCCGCAAAACCGAAUGGGACGGUUUUGGGACGAAGAGCACACACACAAAGAAAAGUUUGAUGAAUACUUAGUUCUUGAUUUUUUUUAAAACGUUUCGCUCUGUCCCAAGCACUGUAUGCAGAUUCAUUUGCAUCCAGGUAGUUGAGCAAUAGGAUAUAAGAGGUAACAAGCCACAAGAAGAGAUGACACUUUUAGGGUUUACAAAAACGAGCGCCGUACGAGUAUGAAGUCCAGGCUUAAGCAUCCAGAAUGAGGUCACGACAGUUGACUCAGAUUUUCGGGAAUUAUAUCGUUUAUACCUAUUUACAGCACGACGGAAAUAUUUGUCCCUCUACUCUUUGAGACGGUAGGGAGCUGUAGGCUCAUCGUCGACCUUGCCAUCGCUGGUGCCUGUCGGAAG